AUGAAGCGAAGAUGCAUUAAUUACAACAGAUAUGCUAAGAAACUUGGAUUCUCCAUCAAGUGUAGUACAUCCAAGAACUCGACAGUUGAUGGUCAGAAGGACAAACAGAUGUUCGUUUGCAACAAGAAUGGCAAGAAUGAAGAUAUAAACAUGCAAGAGGCGGCACCAGUUAGGCAGCGGAACAAAAGCAUCACUAAGAAAACUGAAUGCAAGGCUAGGCUAAGGAUCAAAAGGAAAGCUAAAAAGUGGCAUGUAACAUAUUUCAUUGAAGAGCACAAUCACAGUUUGGUAAAGAAGUUCUCUUUGAAGAAAUAUUUAAGGUCUCAUAAAGGAAUUCCUAAGGAAGAAAGGGACUUUGUCAAGCUCUUGCAUAAGGUGAAUCUCUCUGCUGGAAGGGUAAUGAGGAUCAGGGGAGAAGUCUAUGGUGGUCUGGCCAAUGUUGACCGCAUAUUUUGGGUUGAUGGGCCAGCAAUAGCUGCAUACAAGAACUACAUCGUUUGUCUCUCAUUUGACACCACGUACUUGACAAACAUGUACAAUAUGCCGUUUGCGCCGUUCAUUGGGAUCAAUAGGUGGCACAUUAUGCAGAAUGCGCAGGCAGUUUUGGGAAAUUUCUUGUCAAAACAUGAAGAGCUAAGGCAAGAGUUGAAUGCAAUUAUUGACUACAGCAUGUCAGUUGAUGAAUUCGAAACAAGGUGGGCAGAUAUGCUUCGCAAACACAGUGUAGCGGACAACACACAUCUUGCUGAUUUGUAUCACUUGAGAGCAACUUUUGUCCCAGCUUACUUCAAGGAUCGCUUCUUCCCGUUCCUACAAACUACCACCCGGAGUGAGGGGUUUAAUGCUGUUCUGAAAACAUACAGUAACCCUCACUAUAGUCUGCAUCACUUCUUUGAACAAUACUUGAAGUUGCAAGAGAAAAUUAAUGUAGCGGAGGAUUCAGUCGAGUUUUUGGAUGAAGAUAAGACUUUUAGGGUGUGGGGUGACUACCCUCUUGAAGAGCAAGCGUUGAAGAGGAAGAAGAAAAAACAGGCUGCUCCAUCUUUUGAUGAGGCACCAGAUGUAGAAAAUGUAGGUGACGAUGGGCAAGGGAAUUCUUCUAAGUUUGACCAUGUUGAAGAUCCGGUUUAUAUUGCUAAACAAGGUCGUCCAGCUGAAAAGAGAAAGAAAUCUGGACUGCACCUGAAGGCUACAAAGGUUGUGAAAUGCAGUGUAUGUGGGUCAAUCCAACACACUGCGGCUACAUGCAAAGAUAAGAUAACGCCAGGACCUGAAUCAAAUGAAAUCAAUUUCUUCCGUGACAUGGUCUAA